UUGAGUUGAAUGCUUUGCUAGCUAACAGUUAGCCUCCAAUCUCAAAGUUCUUGCAGGGACAGACAGUCUCCAAAAUGCCGAGGCUAGAGCACGGAAAGGAUUUAAGGACCAGCUGUUAAAUGUGUUGACUGGUACCUUAUCACAUAGGCAACUGUUAGUACAGCAUGCCAGAGAUGACUGAAACUCAGACACCUGGUCGUAAACCCAAAAAGAAGAAAAAUAAAGAAUCUCACAAUGCAGUUGAGAGACACAGAAAAGAGAAGAUUAAUGCUGGGAUUAACCGCAUUGGUAAUCUUCUGCCCUGUUCCCAGGCACUUAAACAGAGUAAGAACAUGAUCUUGGAUCAGGCUUUUCGCUACAUCACAGAGCUGAAGAAACAAAAUGAUGCAAUGCUUCUGGAAGGAGGAGAUAAAGUCCAAGCUGAGGAGAUCCGUCGACUGCGGCGUCAGUUGGAGGAGCUGAGGAGGGAGAGUGCUCACUACAUCGAGCUCCUUAAAGCCCAUGAUAUUAACCUUUUAGAAGACCCCACUAUUCACUGGAAGGGCAAACAGCGCUGUGCCAAGGUUGCAAAGGUGACUCCCACUCACCAACUCCCAAAGGGGAUCAUCGUCUAUUCCAAUGGCAAUGUGAUGUGUCCAGCAGGGAAGGAGACCAGCCCAGCGAAACAGCCUUCUGAAACAUUAAUUCUUCAGCCACCUUCUGAGGUCAGUGCUAGGUUGAGUGUUAAUGGAGCCCUGCUGCAAGUUAAUACCUCUUCUUCCACCCCUGCACUUCUCCCUGGAUCGACCGCCACUCCCACCCAUUCUACACCAGGCCUGAGAAUGAUAGAGCAGUGUGUGGUGGAGACACCAGCUGCAGCCCCCACUCUGCCGCCCUCUGUGUCUUACAUCACCCUUCAGAUCCCUGCAGCCACCUCAGCCCUGCCUCAGCAAUCGCAGCCUGCUGCUCCAGCCCCGACCCUCACCGUAACAACCACUUCAUCCUCACAGCUCUCCAGUGAAAGCCCUGUUCAGCCCAUGUCCAAUGUCACAACGGGUACUCACUCUAUAACCACAUCCAGAGCAGCAGCCUCAGAGGUUUGCCCUUGUGUCACACAGGACACUGCCGUGAGGACUGUGAAUUACACGUCUAUCCCCAACAGCCAAGCCCUGCUUAGGGUUGGAGCGGCAGGCAGCACACAGACUACCUGGACAACGCUGCAGAUGUCAGGGAACACGGUGCAGCCAGUCUGCCAGAGUCUCCCUACCCCAGAGGUCAUGAACCCCACGCAGGCUGUCCAGCAGGUGACUGUGUGUCCAAUGGGUAACAAACCAUCUGUUCAGCCCAUUCAAAUACAGAUGCAACCACAUGUGCCUGUACAGCAAGCACCCAUUACAGCCCACAUUCAAGCACAGCCCUUUCAGAGACCACCCCAGCUCCGACCCGCAAUCCUGAACCAGGCACAGCCUCAGCCUGUCCUAGCCCCCCAACCUCAGUGUGCUGUUCUCCCCCGGGCAGCAAUAGUACCCCAGCCAGCUGUGGUGGCCCACCCUGCCAUUGUGUCACAGCCCCAGCCUGCUGUGCUUCAACCAGCAUCAUUGGUUACCCAUCCUCCAACUGCCCUUAUACCUCAGCCUCAGCCUGCGCUGGUGCCUCAGCCACAAGCCACCGUGCUGCCCCUCCUUCAGACCAUGCAGGUGCUGCAAGUCAACCCAACCGGAGGGACAGCCUCAGCUGUAACAGCCCCACAGAACACUAACAACCCAAGUGUGGUCAUCCUGCAGCAGGCCAGUACUUGCCCAACCCAGUCAGUUGUAAGGGAGGAAGUAACCAAUCAGACACCCUGUCAGCAUAUUGUUAUCAUCCAGGCACCUAAUCAGCCUGCACCUGCCCCUCAGAAUCCUCAGGUUGGCAUGGUGCCUUCAGCUGUGCCUACUGCAGUACCAGUUGUGUCCACUCAAAUAUCCACAACCAGCAGUUCAACAUCUGCCACUCCCUUACAGAGUGUUGGGGGAAAGCAGCUGGUGCACAUUCUCCCACGCCCUGUUCAGCCUCAAAUGAACCAUCCUCUUCAAGUCACCCAGACCUCCUCUUCCCCGCCGGUUCCUCCAACCCCACAGACUAUCACUGUGAAUGGCCAGGUGUUUGCAUUGCAGCCCAUGAAGACUUCUGACAAACCUAGCUCUCAGGGUGGCCAGAGUACACUCCAGCUGGUCCAGCCCACCACCACUGAGGAACCAACUACUAAUGUGGCCCUCAACAGUUUAGGGGCACUCAGCAGUCUCAAUCAGAGCAUCUCUCAGGGCCUUCCACUUACCAUUUCCAACCAGAACAAUGGUCAGCCUCCAGCUGCUCAAUCAUCAGUAGUCCAGCAUAAGCAGCCUCCUGCUCCAGCAUCCGUCCCUGGAACCUCACUUGCUCUACCUGCCCGGCAGCUACAGGUCUCUUGUUUUAAUCCAGUCAAAUCGGCGCUAGUGGUUACUGCCUCUAAGCCUACAGGCAAGAGGCUUCGUACAACUUUGAAUACAAAGAGGGCAACACCUAAAAGGACUAAACCAGCUAAGAAAAAAGAGCUAAUUCAUGCACAGCCUGCUGUUGUUGUUUCAGCCAAGCCAGUGGCUGCUGCAGGAGAAAGCCAGACAGUUCAAGUUACAGUAUCUCAAAUUUUACAGUCCUCGACUGUAAAAGUCACAGACAUUCCCCCCACUUAUACCACAACUGUCACAACUGCAAAUUGUGGUGAAGCUGUAGCAGAUGUCACCUCUACACACAACACUCAGAUAAUGAUUGUGUGUAGUUCUUCUAAUGAGUCAGCUGCACUUAGUCAGGCCUGUCCGCAGAGCAAAAGCUCUGUCAGUGCAACUAAAACUGAUGUUAUAUUCAGUCAUACUAACACUAGUGGUAUGGCAACUGCAGUUACAACUGCCAAUGCCACAUUGGUCAAGCCAUCAAUUAGUGCAGCUGUGGCCAUUGAGAAUCAACCAGCUGUAGUACCUGGCAACAACUCAGCUGUAGCCAAACAGUCAGUUCCCGAGGUUAAACAGGCAACCACCAGUUCAGCAGCUAGCACAACACAAAGUACGUCAGCUGCCACCACUGGUCUUUCAAGACAGAGCAGGUCUAUGGUCAGUUCUGCAGGUGCCACUGAGACUCAGUGCACUUCCACCACUGUUUCUACAACACGUAUGACUCCAGUCUGCACCAGCAGUAUCACAGCAACUGCACCAGUAUCUUUAAAUCAGGCUACCCAGCCAAGUUCAGUAUGUCAUCCCCAGGUAUCUAACAGCCAAGGUCCACUGCCCUGUAAUAAACCUGUGCCUAUGUCUCAGACAACCACUUCAUCCUUGGUGUCCACAACUGUUGCAUUUUCUGCAGCCCACAGCUCUGUUACAGCCCCUACAACAAGUUCAGAGUUCAGGAAAGGGGUUUCUUCCAGUAGAGCUCCGACACAGCAGACUGAUGUGAAUAUGCCCAACCCCUCCCCCUGCCACCCUGCUGAAGCCAAACCACCCCAGGUCCCUCGAGGAGACAGGGAGACUCUGGUAGAGAGACACUCCACAGCAGCAGAGAAAGAGGGCUUGGUGGCAGCGACUUCUGAUACUCCCUUGAGAAAAGAUUUUGCCCUAUCUCAACAGGUGUACACUAACCUUGAUGAUCAAACUAUAGAGCAUCCUAUGACUUCUAACAGACAGACUGAUUCUCCCAUGUCUACAGGGGCUGGGGGAGGCAGAGGUUUCUCUGUGGCAUCCAUGCUUCCCCAAGGCCACAGUAUAAGUGCAUCAUCUGGCUCCUUUGGAACAUUUACAUUCACCUCUGAGCAGGCAGAAAUGUUAGCCUUGGCCAUGCUUGAACAGGACAGUCCAGGAAGGCGGAGUGGAGGCUGCUCUGGGGACAACACUGCUUCAACAAACCCCCCCACAGCCACAUGGGAGCCCCCAAAAACUCCACCAGUGUCUAGCACUAAAGAAAGGGGCUCAGCUGGACAGCAGACAAAAGUGACUAAACCCAUGGACACAAUAACAGUUAAACCUGCUGUCCAGGUAUCUGUCAGAGGACAGGCUGGGGAUGGGUCUGUCAGUGGGCCCAAUGGAAGCAGACAUCCACAAAACAUCUCAUACUCCCAGUCACAGUCUCUCCCCCAGGUCCAGUCUCAGAGCUCAUCUCAGAGUGGCACUAGCCUCAGUGUCAACAACCUGAUCAGGCCCAGCUCCAGUCAGCAACCCUACCCUGGUUCUCCCAGUCUGGCUGGACAACAGGGCUCAGUUCCCUCUCCUGUUGGGACCUCAGCCCACAUAUCCCAAUCGUCAAACAACGCCCUCUCACCCUGCUCAGGUGCAGCCCAGCUAAAUGAGUACACUCCCUUAAAGACUGCAUUAAUGAGGGCCCAGGCUGGAGUUGGUGUGGGUGAGAGACAAGUUAAAAUCAUCUCCAAGCGGCAGGCCCAGGAGGAGGUGAUGCUCAACACUGGAAAACGGCCCAAGCCUUGCCCUCCAUCAGCUACCACUGUUAGCCAUAUGGACGUGAAAGCACCAGACCACAGUCAGAUGAUGGUGGGACAGCUGCCCCCCACAUCGGCAGCUGUCAUGACAAGGAUAAACUCUGAAAGUGCAGGACCCCUCUUUUCCACAAACUCUUUCAUGAGCCCGGUAGUUCGGCCCACAGAUGUGCACUGCCCUCCUCAAGGACCCCCAGAGCAGAACCAGCCAGGUGUGCUUCAUCUGCCCCAAGGUCAUCCACAGCAUGCUGCAACCCAGCCUGGCCAGCACCUGGGGGGAAACCUUUACAUGAAGCAGCAGCAGCAAGAGCAACAGAGACACCAUCUGUAUCAUUUGCAACACCACCUGACUCAGUCUGACCCCGCACAGCGCCACUCACUACACCAGAGGGCGCUGCAGGAGCAGCAGCAGCAGCAUGUGCAGAAGAAGCGUGGACUUGUCAGAGGCAGUCAAACUGGUGCUGGCCUGCAACAGAAGCAGCAUCACCUGGAAAAGUCUGGAGUUCAGCAGCAGCCACACUCACAUCAACAACAACAACAACAGACACAGCAUCAGCAGCACACACAGCAGCAGUCACAGCAGCAUCAACAACAGUCACACCAACAAUCACAGCAGCAUCAGCAGCCAACACAACACCAACAGUCUCAUCACCAACAGCAGACACAUCAGCAACAGCCACAGACACAGCAUCAACAACACCAACAGCAGCAGUUACAGCAGCAGCAGCAGAGCUCCCACUCCAGACACCAGCAGCAUCUGCAGCAGCAGAUCCAGCAGCAGCAACAGCAGCACUUUAGACACCAGGAGAAGAGCUGUGAAGCUCAAGCAGCGGGAUCUAGGGCCCACCACAGCAGCCACCUGGCUCAGCAGGAGCACCUCAAGUCUGGUCAGGACCACAAUGCUAUGCAGAGGAUGAUGAGCUCAAGGACUCUGGAGCAGCAGCUCAUCUCUCCUCCCAGCAAUCCUGUGUCCCGUUCGUCUGACCUGGCCUGCGCUCCGUCACGUCAGGAACGUCACCGUGUGUCCAACUAUUCUGCAGAGGCGCUCAUCGGUAAAAGUUCCACCAGUGGCGAACAGCAACAGCGCAUGGGUCUCCACCUUCAGCCUGGCCGUGGUGCCACACAGGAGCAACCAGACCUCCGCGGUUACCUGGACACGUCACGAGGGAAGGCCAACAUUGCGCAUAACCCACAGAAUCGCCUGCCCGCUGACCACCCAGUGUCCGCUGAUGUUCAGAGGGUCACAGAGUGUCCACCAUUCAAGGCCAUGGGAGGAGGAGGAGGAGCACAUCAGAUCGGAAAUUUUGAGGCUCAGGUGUCUCGUGGGAGUGACAUGGCACCAAAGUCAGUGCCGCCUUCCCAGAGGGGCCCUCAAGGGCAGCAGCAGCAGGGAGGGUUCAGGAUGGGUGUUGGCCCUCCAGCAGAUGGCAGGAACCGUGGCGGUUACAGUACGUCUCAUCCUGGCUCGCAGGGGGUGCAGGUUGGACCAGCACUGCCCCGGGAGCAGGAAGGUUGUCACCAGAGUUUCAUGCAAAGCCUCCUUUCCCCCCACCUGCCUGAGCAGAGCAACCACCAGCGAGUCCAGUGCUGUCCCCCAGUCAGCAUGGAGUACAGCUGUGUGCCUGGAAGCUCUUCAGGAGACAUACAGGCCAAGGCCGCCAGCCCCAGUGUGCCCCAGACCCAGAAGGCCCCAGCUAUGCGGCUUGGAGAGGGCAACAAGGGCCACAUUUCUCAGGUCAGCAGUAAUAUGCAUGGAGGCCCAGGUGUGCGCGCAGGUCUCCCCCACCCUCCGACCCCACACAGCAGCUCUGAGCCAGGGCGCUCCUCGGCCCCCUCCAGACCACCCACUGCUGUCAGCCAGCACUCUCGCCACAUUGCCCGAGAUGCUCAGCCCACCAAGCUGAGACCUGGCGACCGGGCUCGAUCAGGUACUCUGAGACACAGUAACCCCUUUGAGCCUGAGGGCCACCUGCCUCUGCCUUCAGGAGGUGGGGUGCUGCUGAGCAGACCACAGUCUGGAGGAGAGGCACGUCGCAGCACUAUUGUUCGCUUUAUGGCAGAUAGUGCUCAGGUUCCUAGUGACAACAACCUGGUUCCUGACCAACACCUAACACAAAACUUUGGCUUCCCCUUUAUUCCCGAGGGAGGGAUGAAUCCUCCACCUCCUAUCAAUGCUAACUCCACUUUCAUCCCUCCAGUCAGCCAGCCCAACGCCUCCCGUACACCGUCACUUCUCCCUGUGGAGCCCCAGAACACUUUACCCUCCUUCUACCCUUCCUAUUCUCCAGCUUCUCACCCCAGUCUUCCCAGCGAUGUCACCCUCCAAUACUUUCCCAACCAAAUGUUUACCAGCCCGAGUGCCGACAAGGGCAGCGCUCCUCCACUCAAUAACCGCUUUGGCUCUAUCCUCUCCCCGCCUCGCCCUGUGGGUUUUGGCCAGGCCAGCUUCCCCUUGCUUCCAGAUAUGCCCCCUAUGCCCAUUGCCAACUCAUCUGGAAUCACCCCUCACAUAUCCAACUUCAGCCUCACGUCGCUGUUCCCUGAAAUCGCCACAGGCAUGCCAACUGAUGGCUCGGCCAUGCCAAUGUCUCCCCUGCUGUCUCUCUCCAACACCUCUUCUGCCGACUCUGGCAAGCAGCCCAAUCGUCCUGCCCAUAACAUCAGCCACAUUCUGGGCCAUGACGGCAGCUCAGCUGUGUGAGGAGAGGUCCUGCUGCAUUUUGAUGAACUGGUGUUGUGAAGCAAAGAGUUUCUUUUUCAAUUGGAGAUGUGUCGUUCUUCUACAUGUUCGACAAGUUCAGGAGGCACCUGGUGAACGGUUUUUAGGUUGAAAAGACACCACGUCUGUCUGGUGGUGAUUUUUGUUGUUUACAUGUUUACACAGCUUCAAUCUCAAUUGGGUUCCUUCUGUCAUAUGUAUGAUGUCAAAGUUAUUAAUUUUAAUAUUUCAGAUUUUUUUUUUAUUUUAAGGUGACAGGAAAAUGUCCUCCUUUAAAGCUGUUUGUUUGAAACUUUGGUUAAACCGACUGGUUGUAAAACAAAAUGAAAUUUAGGUUUAGAACUUGAAUUCAUUGUAUUCUGGGUUGUUAAGAAACCUUCUGCACAGUUACCUACCAAUGUAAUUUACUAACUUAUAUCAGGUUGUACUGUACAGAAUCUUUUUUUUCCAAGAGCUAUUUUGUAAAUACCAAUGUUUCAUAUCAAAAUUGUUAGAAUAUGUAUGUAUUUGUAAAUACUAAAUUGAUUAAUAAAGUUUAUAAGGAG